UCCCAAGAAAUGAGUUAUAUCAUUCCUAACAUAACCCAACCUAUUCAUGAAAAUAGGUUAUCAAAACUCAUACUUCUCCGAUUUUGAAAUAGUGCGCCGAGUAUAUUAAUUUGUUCCACAUGUGAAAAUUUCAAGUUCCAUUUCGUGCGAUCGGUGUAACCAAGCUGUUUAACAUAGAUUGACCAUAACAAUAUAGAAGUUCAAUUCUGAGCACCUACCGAGCUUGAAUAACCAUCUCAUAACCUUCCUUUUAUAUACAAAUCAGCUUCGUUCAACCUUGGGCCAAGAUCAAUUAAUUUAUACUAGUGUAUAACACUCACGUUUUUUUGGUUCACUCACAAGUUUAAUUUUUAAGAAUAACCCCAACACAUCAACACACAAGUUUUACACAAAUUGCGAGACAGAAGAUUUGAAUCCGUUCGACAUACACUUGAUACUUGAACAACAUAGUUUCUCAAGUCCUUUACAUAACAAACCUUCAAAAUAAGGCCCAACCCAACAAUUUCUUUAAUAAAGCAUUCAGCCCAAUUUUCCCCCUCCCCAAAUUUGUUAAUUUUUUUUGAAUGAAACACAAUCUGAUUUUGAUGGAGCCAAAUUAGCAGAAGUUCUCAAAAAAUGACAAUAGACGAUAACAAAUCCGUUUACGUCGGAGGACUUCCGUACGAUUGCUCGGAAUCCCAACUUCGUCGUGCAUUUGAUUUGUACGGCUCCAUUAUCGCUGUUAAGAUAAUCAAUGAUCGAGGUGUUGGAGGAAAAUGUUAUGGCUUUGUUACUUUCAAAAAUCCUCGAUCGGCGAUUGAGGCCAUUGAUGAGAUGGAUGGGCAUACUAUUGGUGGUCGAGUUGUACGGGUUAAUGGAGUAAGGGCAAGAGGUGCUGGUUCAAGAUCCAACUUUGGUCAUGAUAGCUUACGACGUGAUCAGAGGGAAAGUGUCUUGGAUUAUGACAGGGGCAGAGGUAGAGAAAGGGAGAAUAACUUUAAUAAGGAUAGGCAACAUGAUAAUUCCCUAGAGCAUGAUGGAGAAAGGGAAAGAAGGCAUGAUAAUUUUCGUGAUCGUGAUCAGUCUAGAGAUUAUUUCCAAGGAAGAGGUCGAGGUCAAAGCAGGGAUUUGAUAGAUUGGGAACGGGAUCGGGGACGGGUACAUAGCAGAAAUUGUGAUCGAAAAUUGGAAAAUGAUAAGGAUUUGAAUUCUACUCAAGAUAGGGAGCUUGAUCGAGUAGUCACUGAUCACGAUAAAAGGGUUGACAAGAGCAGAGCCCUACAUACAAAGAGAAAGAACAGCUCCAGUAGUCAUGACCGACAUAGUAGAGAUUUGUCAUCAGAAUCAAGUGAUUAUCAGUACCAGAUGGAAGAGCAGCUGGAUAUGUUGAUUAAAAGACGAGAAGAACUUCAGAAGGAGAAAUCUGACAUGGAGCAGAGUUUAGAAGAGAAGAAACAACUCAUUGCUGAUUUGGAGAAAAGAUCCCAGAAAUUGGAAGAUUUGUUGACCUCUGCAAAAAAACAAUCCUCAGUGCGUCAAAUGCGGUUGACUAAGUUACAUAAAGGUUUCCAGGAAGUAAAGGAGUGCGGAGAAAAACUGAAAAGUUCCGAAGAGAAACUCCAGAAACUUGUAGAUUCAGUGAGCAUGGAAAUUGAUGCUGGUGCUGCUGGUGAUCUUGGAGCGAAGGAUGUCAACCUCACAAACAGCAAACUUUGAGAAGCCUCUCUAAAUGUCUUUUUACCUUGUAAAACAACAGCUCUUUUGCUGUAUGUUUCUUGUUAUGUAUAUACAGUAGAAACUUUUCUUUCUUUUUGUACCUAUCGAUCUUGAAAUUCAGGCAGCCUUGUAGAGAGCAGCUCUCCAGGCAAUGGAACCUGUAAAUUAUUGGCAUUGUCAUUGUGCUGGAUUUUGAAACCUGUAUAUAGCAACUUCCUGCUCUCUAUGUUGCGCUGUUUUAUUGAACGCUUAAAUUAUAAUGGGAAAUUAUCUACAGUCA